AAAAAGGACCCAAGCCGACUUACAUCCUCAAGACGAGGACAAUAUUAAAAACAAACAAACAGAAAUUACGCAAAGAUUAAAAAGGACUGAAAUGGGCCUCGUCUUGGAAACGAGCUGCAUUAUAAAGCGAUACUGUGAGAAGAGAUUUGUGCCCAAGUACCUUGCCACAAUAGGCAUCGAUUAUGGGGUCACCAAAGUGCAGGUCCGGGACCGAGAAAUCAAAGUGAACAUCUUUGACAUGGCUGGGCACCCCUUCUUCUAUGAGGUGCGCAAUGAGUUUUACAAAGAUACCCAGGGUGUCAUUCUAGUCUAUGACACUGGACAGAAGGAAUCGUUUGAUGCUCUUGACUCAUGGCUGGCUGAGAUGAAGCAGGAGCUUGGACCUCAUGGAAACAUGGAGAACAUCGUCUUUGUGGUUUGUGCCAACAAGAUUGACGCUACCAAGCUUCGCUGUGUGGAUGAAAGUGAAGGGCGACUCUGGGCAGAAAGCCGGGGCUUCCUUUAUUUUGAGACCUCAGCGCAGACGGGAGAAGGAAUUAAUGAAAUGUUCCAGACGUUCUACUCGGCCAUCGUCGAUUUGUGCGACAAUGGUGGGAAGCGCCCUGUGGCCAGCAUGAGCAUCAGUUUCACCAAGGAGCAGGCAGACACCAUCCGGAGAAUCCGCAGCAGUAAAGACAGCUGGGACAUGCUGGGUGUCAAACCAGGGGCCACAAGGGACGAGGUGAACAAGGCCUAUCGGAAGUUGGCGGUGCUGCUCCAUCCAGACAAGUGCAUGGCUCCUGGCAGUGAGGACGCUUUCAAAGCUGUGGUUAAUGCACGGACGGCCUUGCUGAAAAACAUCAAGUAAACAAGGAGGAAGCGGCUUGUUUCUCCCAAGGGUGGGUGAUCAGAAACCCCUCUGAGAGGGCCAUUCUCCUGUCCGUUUGGGAGGCAGCAAGCGUUUCCUCCUGCUUCAAGGACGGAUGGUGGAAACGAAGCCCUCAAGACCUACAGCAAGCAGACCCCAUUUGGUGUAGGCAGCCAGUUCAUCUGGAACUAUUCCUCACACUGGUGCAAGCAACCUGAUUUAGGUUGUUUAUGUCUGGUGAAUUCCCAGAUCUCUCUAAAUGCCAUCGUUACUGUCAUAUUGUUUUCCUUUUUCCUGCGGGAAAGUUGGCUUCUGUUUGAAUAUUCUCUAAAAGAUGUUUUUCCUUUGUGAAAUAACUUGUUUCUAUUGCAUUGGUUUGCUUUGUUAUCCGAACUUUGGUGCUUAUGUUUUGUGUCUUCUGGUUUCUCCUUGAGUGACUUCUGUUUCUGCACUUCACCAGUUGAGGUGGCACUUAGGGCUGACUCCUUUCUUAAGGGCCAAACACCUCUCCCUUUGUAGAUCUCUGUAGGAUUCAUGUCAGGUUCCUGUGCUCUUAGAGUCUCUUAAUGCUGCGUGGGUAAGAAAAUACUGCAACAACAACUGGAGCACUGGAAGCUGCUAUGAGCUCUUAAGUGAAUAACGACAAGCAAUAUCCCCUGGAGCUUUUGGUCAGGAAGAGGGCUGCUCCCUUCACCCCUUGAAGCAGAACCCUCUACACGUUUCUGUUCCUUAUUCCCUGGAGUCAGCAAGACAUUUCCAAGGCCAUUGGCCUUUGUUCUUCUCCUGCAUUAGGGAUGCAGUCACGUUGAGGCCCAGUUUCUAGUCGGUCCUUUAAAACAAAAUCCUAGUGUAGAGCAAACAAAGCAUUCAUAUUGGAUUCAAGGCUCAACAGAGUUGCAGGAAGUAUUAUUUACUGUUUUUUUUUUCCCCUUCCUUGACUGCUCUUCCCACUUGCUAAAAUUUCAGGGAGCUGGCUUUCUGUUGGUGUUGAUGAAGUGUUCCCCAGGAGACUUAGCUGGAGAGACACAGUACAGAGGGUGGACUAUUAGGCAGUACUGCUGGAGUGCUCCGUGAAAUUGGAUCCGGGCCUGUUAGGCACAAAACCAGUUUAUUGUCUUGCCUUGCCUGCAGCACGGCUCCCAGCAAAGGUAGACGGCUUGGCUGUAGAGCCUCUCUGAGGUCUGGCGUGCAGCAUGCAAUUUGCUGGAAUAUGGCGCAUUAGAGCAUCUUCACAAAACUUUGUGGCCAGUGGGAGCCUUUUGUCACUACUUCUGUGAGUGUUUCAGAGCAUUGUUUAGCAAAGAAGUGUCUGGCAUUGGCCCAGAUGCCCCCGAAUGCGACAGCAACCCCGGACGUAGGAAACACUUGUUCACCCGACUGCCAGUUAGGUGACUUUCACCCUGCAACCUUGGUUGGACUAUUUUCAGAAGAUAAUUUGAUGAGCACCACCAGAGUGUUCCAAUAAGGAGAGGCCCCGAGAUUCUCACUCCGCUGGCCUGUUUUCUGGAAUUCCUCUAUGAGAAAGCAAAAGCAAGCGCUCUCAGGAAGGACUUGACUGAGGCCCACUGGAUGGGCUUUACUUGCCUGAAAUGCAAAUUAUUUAUUUUACUUUUUGAUCAGAUCAACUGGGAGAGAGAAAAAGAAGGGCCGUAAACAAGGCUCUCGCCUGUCGUGUGUUUAUAUAAGUAUGCAUUGUGCACUUUAAGCCGUAGGCAGUGGUUUUAUACUUGUCAACUUCUGCAGAUCCGCAACCACGUUCCUUCCUCUGCAGUCGUCUCCCUUUCAGAGUGAAGCUCAGUCUUCUGACCACCACAAAUGCAGUGUCAUGUAAACUCCCCAUCGUUCGCCGCAUAUUGCAGCUGCACUUUCCAGACUUCUCUUUCACGUACGCUGUGUUGCAUUACGGAGGUUUUCCUUCACCUUGUGCCCUCUUACCUUCCCAGGAACUACCCCUGUUGAGCUUUUGACUUCUUCAGCUCUCUUCUACAACCUGUUCUUCGUGGCCUCCGUGAAUCACACACUGGGUGAUUCGCGCAAAUCACCCAGGGCGUGAAUCACAGAGGUCCACUCGAAGAACUACAAUUACACGUGGGUAACCUGUCGUUUCCCCUUGUCAUGGCCCAUGUUUACAGCUCUCUGCUUCUUAUCGUCCAGACACGCCGUAAAGACUACAAUCCUUUGCCAGUCACCGCAGUAGGCAGUGUAAUUAUCAUGAAAUAUUCUGACAUUUCUGUCUGCUUUAAGUACAGACGGGUCUCUACAAAAAUGUACCACUUAUUUUUCCAAAGCCGGAAACUCAGCCCAGGAUACAUUCUUCCCCCGCCCCACUUCAUUUCAUUACUGGUCCAGUCCCGUACUCUCUGGCUCAUGCAUUUAGGCUAAAUUUAAAAGACCAGUGAGGCAGCCUUGGAGGUAUGAAAUGCUGCUACACUGAAGCGGGUGAAAUCCAGUGGGGUAGAUGAAAUCUGGCAAUGUCUUGGCUAAUGAAAAUAAUUUUUUUCUCUAUUUUAAGGCAGCUAUUUUUCCUACCUUCCAUCCUCAGAUACUUGCUCUCCAUCCUGUUUUAAGUGACAGGAGGCCACUGAAGCUGCCAUCAGCUCUUCCUUCGCAGAGAAAACUGUGCAGGAACUUUAACAAAGCUCUGUUAAGCUAGCAAAAUGCCACCUUGUCUGAACCAAAAAGAUUAGAACGCCAGGUACUGUGAAGUGUGUGUGGGGGGUGUUGCUGGUUCAGAUCAUGCUGCCGAGAGCUUGCCUGGACAGUUAGCUGAUUGGGUGCCCAGUUCGAUGCUGGCAUGCCAGGUGGGACAGACGGAGAGUACCCUUUUAUGCCAGUGCUACCGCCUUCCAUGGUGUGGGCCAUUUGGUUGCGAAACGUCUGUGAUCUUGUUCCCACACUUGUACAGCCUCAGGUUUGGGAUGGACAGGAAAGCUGUCUCCUUUGGGAGGCUUGAGUGAUGAUGACUUUACAGAGACCUUAUUGAAUUUGAUAUCAGACUGGAAAGUUAUCCUCUCUCAGUGCAGCUUUUGCGUCUGGAGGAGAGAAGAGGUGCAAAUCCAGAGUGAUGAAUUCCAAGCCAUUACAGGGUUGGAAAACUCUUCCAAAGAGUUAUUAACGCCAUUCAGAGACUCCCUGGCCUUCCUUGUGUGAUGUAUGAAUUUGAACGCAAUAUAUUUAUUUUCUGGAUAUUAGUUACACAUAAAGCCACUCACAAUACUUCAGUCAAAGUGUAGAAUUGCUCAGUCUAAGCUGACAGAAAAUGUUGACACCUGCAUGUUGUUCAAUAUGUUUUUUAAAAUGUAUGUAUUUUUUUUUUACAACAUUAAAUGAGAUUUAGAAUAUG